CACACCCUGUAUCCGCCUCUCCUUCGACAUCCUCUGCUCAUCGGACUGCUCAUCGAAACUUCAGCCUAUACGAUUUGACUUGUCCAGCGAUGCCUUCGCAAACAGGCAGGGCGUCUGCCCGAAUCCAGGCGGAUACGCUCAAACUUACGGUCAGAGGACAGUCAACUGAUGUACUGCUAAAGAAGCUCAAGAUCAUACAGACGCAUCUUGCUCAAGAGCUAGAUCUGGCAGCUCUAGGCGAUGUGCACACUCAGCUAUGCUCACAGCAGCUAAUGUUGCACAAGGAUAAGGCAGUCAGGGCUUCGACUGCUUGUUGCCUUGCCGAUAUCCUCAGGCUGUCAGCGCCCAAUGCUCCUUUCUCUGCAAAUGACCUACAGGACAUGUUCCAGUUCUUCCUCCUCGAGCUGACCAGUCCCAAAUCCGGUCUUUCGGCACCCAAUGGCCCUUAUUACUCCGACUAUACCUGGCUGUUGGACAGCUUGAGCAAAGCAAAAAGCAUUGCGCUCGUCACUGACCUCAACAAGGCGGAAGAGCUCAUGGUGGACUGGUUUAAGAGGCUCUACGAUGUCGUCAGACCUGACAUGACAAAGAACAUGGAGCUAUCUCUCGCUGACAUCCUCUCGCAGAUGGUCGAUGAAUGUCAGACGCUGCCUUCUGAAGUGCUCGACAUUCUGUUGUCCAACUUUAGCAGGAGAUCGGCCAAAAUGACGCCUUCAGCUCAUCAGCUGACCGUUCAGAUCAGCACGUCAAGCAGCGAUCGUCUUCAGAGUCAUGUGGCACAGUACUUCAGCGAGAACAUCGUAGCAGCCUCAAGCGAGGAAGACAUGGAGGAGCGAGAGAAGGAAUUGCAAGCCUCGCAUGCUCUCAUCGCUCAGAUCAACCGUACUGUUCCAGCCCUUCUGCUCAACGUCGUUGCAAUCCUUGAGCAGGAGCUGACAGCUGAGGAUGUUCUGGUUCGACAGAUUGCAAUUCGCACACUUGGUCAGAUGAUUGGUGAGAAGACGAGCGUCUCCCUGGCUGCCACGUACCCAAGUGCUUGGCGAGCUUGGCUGGGACGUUCGAGAGACAAAGUAUCAUCUAUGCGAGUCUUGUGGAUCGAAUCGCUGAGCGGCCUACUGGCGAAUCAUUCUGAACUGAGGGCAGAUGUCACCUCUGUUCUCACUGAAAAGCUACAGGACCCAGACGAGCGAGUUCGCGCAACUCUCGUGCGAGUCAUUGGCACGCUCGAUUACGAGACAGUCUUACACCAUCUCGACAGAGACAUCCUCAUCAGAGUAGCGGAACGACUACGAGACCGCCGCCUUGCGGUGCGAGCUGAAGCGCAAGAGGCUCUGGGUAGGCUGUACAGCCUGGCAUACCCGGAGAUUGAGAACCACGACCCAGCUGCAACAAAACACUUCGCCUGGAUCCCCAGUGCUAUGCUCAGGUCGAGCAUUGUGGAGACGGUCGAUUCCAAGCCCAUCGUACCGAUGAUUGCAGCCUUUGAGAAGCACAUCUUGCCGUUACCGGCUCGACCAGAGGACGAAGGGGCGUGGGUGAACCGCCUCUUGAUGGUCAUGAAGAAUUUAGAUGAGCAGAACCUCAAAGCGCUCUUCAACAAGCUCAACAAUAUGCAGACACCUCACACUCGCAAGCCAUACCUGCCUUUCAUUGAAGCAUGCGAGGCCUACAAUGGCGGCGUCAUGACUGAGAAGGAAGCGGAAACUUUGGCGAAGCUCAAGGCAUCCUUGCGUGGAAGCGCGAUUUUGAUGCCGAAUGGGGAGAAGGCAACGCAUGACUUGUUGGCGUUUGCAAAGACCAACGACACCCGUAUCUUCAGGUUACUCAGAGCUUGCGUCGAUCCUAACACGGACUUCAAAUCGUAUCUGAAGGCUCGUACAGAAGCGCUCCGAAGGGUAGAGGCAGCCGAUGAGAAGCUCUUGCCUACGAUGACUGCUUUCGUGCAGAUUGCUUCAUACCCAUUCGUCAACCGAUACUCGGUACCAACUCUGCUCAAGCGACUUUCGUCCGGAAAGUCGCAAUGGCGAGACUCACAAAUCGGAUCUCAAGCUGGUCCAAGCUCAACCCGCGAUUCAGUCGCAUCUACAGCCGCCAGUCAGUCUCAAGGCCCAGCUCUGAGCUCUCUGUCCGAUAUGGAGGCAUUCAAGAUCAGCGCCGGCAAGACACUCGAUUUCAUCUCAAAAUCAUCGCCCGAAAUGUACUACCCACACGUCAGCGACCUGAUCCGGUCUCUGCAGGAAGAGGGCGAGGCGGCUCUGACUGAAGCUACCUUACGCGGUCUCUGUGCUGUGAAGCGGUCCGGCCGGCAGUUGACACUAGACACAAGGGCACUGGAACGCCUGGCCCUCUUUGUCAGACAGGGCACUUCCCUGCAGGCCAAGUACGCUGCCCGUCUGCUUGCGCUGUCGCACAAGGACAUCUCGGGCGCAGGCAGGCACAUUGAGGAGCUUCUCAGCGAGCUGACGACUCGUAUCAAGACGGCUCGACCUUUGCAGCUGGUGUGCGACCUGGGAGCCUUGGGUCAAUUCAUCAAGCAUGCACCUGCUCUGGCAGAAAAUGUCUGGGACACCAUCCUCAAAGAAGUUCUCAAAGACCUGGGUAAGGAUUGGCCGGAACAGAUCUUGUCCGCCUAUUCAGAGGAGGAUGACUGGGUCAGCGACAGCAAGAUGGAGGACUCCGUCAAGGCCAAGCUACUCGGUCUCGACAUUUUGACCAAGCGUGGUAUCGCUAGUAUGGGCCCCGAGGGCGACAAAGUAGCCGAGGUGACGGUGCCCGUCUUCCGCCUGCUAUUUCGAGCGUUGGACAGUGGAGAGACAAGAGCUAUGAACACGCCUCCAGCCAUCAAGGCGCGACUGCGUCUGAAGGCUGCCUUGUGCGUGCUAAAGCUGGCGGCACUGCCUGCUGGGGACAAGGCGAUCCAGAGGGACUUCAUCAAUUUGGCAUUGGUUGUGCAAGACCCUUCGUACCAAGUGCGUAAUCAAUUCCUGCACAAGAUUCUCUUGGAGCUGAAUAAGCCUCUCAGUACUCGUCGUCGCCUGGCUCCGCGGUACAAUGCCAUCCCCUUCGUGGCAGCGAUUGAUCCUGAAGAGGAGAAUCCGCAAAUGGUAGCUGCGUGGGCCAGCCGCUUCGCAAGUCUGCCCGCAGACGUUCGCCUGAAGCAAGCCGAAAUGACCGUCUGUCGGUACGUUCAUCUCCUUUCACACCACCCGGACUUUGCGCGCGACUCGAUUGACUCGAUCAAGGAAUUCGUGCCCUACCUGCAAUUCUUCAUCGACUGCAUCUCUACAGAGAAGAACGUUGGGCUGCUCUACUACCUUGCAGGGCGUCUGAAGACGGUCCGGGACGGCUCCAGUCAGGGUGCUAGUGAGAAUCUCUAUACCCUCUCGGAGUUGACGCAGCUGGUGAUCAAGCACAAGUCUGCGAGGCACAAUUGGCGUCUGGAGGCUUACCCAGGUACAUUCAAGGUGCCCUCUGACACGGGUCUGAAGCCCCUGCCCAGCCCUCAGGCGCAAAAGGAAAUCUAUAGCAGCGUCUGGCUUCCUCAGUCAAUCGUGGACAGCAUCGAAGCGGAGAUUGCCAAGGCAGAGAGGCGCCGAGCCGCUAACGCAGGUGGAGGACCCAAGGAGGCGCCGGGUGAGCGCAAGAGGAAACCGUCCUCCAUCGAUGCCGCGGCCAAGAAGGCAGCGCGGCGUAGUGCAAAGAAGAGGAAGAGGCUGAGCAAGAAGACCACUGGCGGUGACGAUGAGGAUGCCUCGGGCGGUUCUGGCUCAGAAUCGGAUGCGAGCAGCUCGGAGAAGAGUGAAGUAAGCGAGGAUGAGGAGGUUCCUGAAGGGGCCGAUGAGGAGGGAAGGGGAGCACGUACCCGCGUGGCCGCCAUCAGGAGGAACGAGCGGAGGGCCGAGAGGAGGGCUGCGCUUGCCAAGUUGAGGGGCGCCAAGAAGCCCGCGGCUGCAGCUGGAGACGAGGGAGAGGAUUCUGAGCUGAGCGACGUCGACUGAGAUGGGCUGAUGGAUGGGUGAAAGCCUCAGCCGAGCAUUUCUCUUCUCACUGCCCCACCUUUUCUCUCCUGCGCGCCGCGACUACAUGUACCACUAGCAGACCUGAUCCGACCCGGCCUGACCUGAUUUGACUUUGUUGUGCUUUCCCCGAAUGUCAACGAUCCUGAUUCUGCUGCUCUCACUCGUCUGACGAUGGCGCAGCGCAGGUAGUG